CAACUACCUCUUUCCAGCACGACGUCGACUCCACACGCGCCGACUUUUAUUCCCCCAUAUACUAAUUCUUCUCACACUCGUUUGUCUGGGCAACCCACACGCCCCCUUUUAACUGCCUCCCCCCACUGUCGCUCUUCACCCAGCUUCUCUUUUCCGGUUCUCCCAGCUUGUUCCCGUAAUACCAUCUUCCACCGUCGCUCAAUCAAUUCCAAGGUUAGCAUCAUGAAGACUGUCAGUGCGUUCAUUGCCGUGUCCGGUGCCCUCUCGGCCUCCGUUGCUGCGUCCCCCGCCGUCACGCGAGCCAGCAAGAUUACACCCGUCACUGUUAAGGGAAACGCUUUCUUCGCGGGCGAUUCGCGUUUCUACAUCCGUGGCGUCGACUACCAGCCUGGUGGAGCGUCUGAUGCCAAGGAUCCCAUUGCCGACGCCGCGAGCUGCAAGCGUGACAUCGCCGAGUUUAAAAAACUGGGGCUCAACACGAUCCGUGUUUACACAGUGGACAACACGGCCAAUCACGAUGAGUGCAUGAGUGCCCUGGCCGAUGCCGGAAUCUAUCUCGCCCUUGACGUCAACACCCCAAAGUACUCGAUCAACCGUGCCGAGCCCGAGGUCUCCUACAAUGCGGUGUAUCUGCAGAGUGUCUUCGCUACCAUUGAUGCAUUCCAAAAGUACGACAACACCCUGUUGUUCUUCUCCGGAAAUGAAGUUAUCAACGAUGAUACCACAACUGCUUGCGCUCCUUUCGUUAAGGCCACCACUCGUGAUAUGAAGUCGUACAUCAAUGCACAGGGAUACCGCAAGAUUCCCGUCGGAUAUUCCGCCGCCGAUGUUGACUCCAACCGCAUUGAGAUGGCCCACUAUAUGAAUUGCGGCGACGACGCUAUCCGCAGUGACUUUUUUGCUUUCAACGACUACUCUUGGUGUGAUCCUUCUAGCUUCACCACCUCUGGCUGGGACCAGAAGGUGAAGAAGUUUGCGGAUUACAGCCUUCCGCUCUUCCUUUCUGAGUAUGGCUGCAUCACCAACACUCGCAAGUUUGAAGAGGUCAAGUCUCUCUACAGCACCCAGAUGACCGGCGUUUACUCUGGCGGUCUUGUCUACGAGUACUCGGAGGAGGGCUCCAAGUAUGGACUAGUUUCACUCAACGGCAACAACGUCAAGGAGCUCGACGACUUUAAUGCUCUGAAGAGUGCUUUAGCUGGCACACAGGCUCCCAAUGGCGGUGGUGGAUACAAGGCAACUGGCGCCGCAUCUACCUGCCCAACGAAGUCGAGUACCUGGAACGUCACCAUCGCUGCAAACCAACUCCCAGCUCUCCCGAAGGACGCCUCAAAGUACUUCUCCAAUGGAGCUGGUAAGGGCCCUGGGCUUGCCGGUGCUGGGUCCCAGACUUCUGGUUCCAAGACUAUCCAGUUGGCAGAUGCUGCAUCGGGCGCUGUCACUGCCUCCGGCACCGCGGCAGCUGCCAAGGGCAGCAAGGGCGCUGCUUCCUCCGUCCGCAUGGGCGAGUCAUCAGUGGCUCCUCUCGUCUGUGGCCUAGUAUUCCUCGUCUCUACAAUCUUCGGUGCGACCUUGAUCUAAGUUUGAGGAUGACCUGGUGACGUUGUUUCUCUACACAUAUUCCGACAUCUUUUAUGAUUGUCGAGCAGCUGGAUAUGACGUUCAGACCCGAGGGUUAUCGGGCUACGUUUCCUGCGGUAAUCUCUAUUUUAGAUGGGACUUCCUUUUCGGAGUUGUUCGGCUCAUCCUGAAAGAGCUCGACUUGGCGUGACUUGCUUGGGUUUUAGCUCUCAUAUUCUGCGUACAUAGCUGCACAGAGCUGCAUAAUACAUAAAUAUGAC